AUGGCCUCGGUAUCAGAGAAAAGAUUGGAAUCGUCCUCAACGGGAGCAUUCACCAUCCACUACUUCGCGACCGCAUCGCAAUACACCUCCAAAAACACCGAGCGUCUCCCCGCGCCCCUGCCUUUGUCCGAGCUGUACCCGCUACUUGAGGAGCGGUACCCGGGAAUCCGUGAGAAGGUUCUGGGCAGUUGUGGUGUCAGCCUUGAAAGUGAAUAUGUUGAUAUCCAGGAGGAUGCCCACAAGGUGAUUCAAGUGGGGGACGAGGUUGCCAUUAUUCCGCCUGUCAGCUCGGGGUAG